CCAAAUUCUCUCCUCCAGACCCCAAGCCCUUUCCACCACCACAACAUGACGAAAGGCUGCGACCACAUGACGAAAGGCUGCGACCACCACCACUGCGAUGACCGGAAAACCCUCUACCCCCGCGUCUUCAUCAUCCUCAUAUCCUUCAUCGUCCUCAUCCUCUUCAUAAUCCUCCUCAUCUACCUCAUCCUCCGCCCCACCAAACCCCACUUUACCCUCCUCUCCACCACCAUCUACGCCUUCAACGUCACCACCACCCCCACCAACCUCCUCACCUCCACCUUCCAAGUCACCCUCUCCUCCACCAACCCCAACUCUCGCAUCGGCAUCUACUACGACAAGCUCGACGUCUACGCCGUCUAUCGCCGCCAGCAAAUUACUCUCCCCACCCUCCUUCCCGCCUCCUACCAGGGCCACGAGGACGUUUCUGUUUGGUCGCCAUUUUUGUACGGAAAUGCCGUGCCGGUGGCGCCGUACGUGGCGGCGGCGCUGUGCGGAGAUGAGGCGGCGGGGACGGUGCUGAUUAAUGUGAAGGUGGAUGGGAGAGUGAGGUGGAAGGUGGGGGAUUUCGUCUCAGGGAAGUAUCAUUUGUAUGUGAAGUGUGCUGCUUAUAUACCGUUUGGCAACAAGAAUAGUAAUAGUGGGAUUGUUAUUGGACCUGGGAUUAAUAAGUACCAGUUGGUCCAAAAUUGUCAUGUUGAUGUUUGAGGAGUUUGUGUUGUGUCUAUCUCUUUUUAGUUUUUUAUUUUUUUUUAUUUUUGAAGUUCUGUGUUUUUUCAUUUAAAUUUGUAGAAUGUAUAUUUUGCCAUAACUUCCCUGCCGGUUUAAAAAACGGAUGGGUUGCAGAAGGAUUAGGCUAGUUUUCAGUUUACAAAGUGGGAAUUGUUUAAUGCAUGAAACUUAUCGAA